GGCCUCGAGGCGAAGGCACAGAACAAUGCUGGUACACUGAGGAGACUGAUUUCCAUAUGGGAGAGAAGGAGGGAGGGCAGUUUAUUCCUCCCCUCUUGAUGGGGCAUGGUACAGAGAGGGGCGAGAGGUCUCUUGAUGGCAGCGUGAGCGGUGGCGUGAUGGUUAGAGUAUAGUAGUACAUGUGCUUGUUGUUGGAGACAGGCUUGUUGGCACUGAGGCUAGAAGCCCAAGAGAGAAACGCCUGUGACACUCACCUGACUGCACAGAAUCCAUAGAACCCGACAGACAGGAUUUUUCCACCUGUGGAGACCCACAAGGGAAGCACACGCUCGGGGAGAACGUAGAACCGACAGAACCCGAGGGAAGGAACCGAGAGGGAGCCGGAGCCUGGUGCUGAAGCUGGUAUGAGAGAAGAUAAGGGAGAGGGCUGUUGAGGUGUCUGGGUGUGAUUGGGCGCCCUCUAGUGAACAUUAUUACUACUGCUACCACCAAGCUGAGGAAUCAGACAUUUUCUGUCUUGGCUACUUUUCGCCCAUUGAGCAAUUCAAGAGGUCUCCGGUUCAGGGUUAAAUAGACACCAUGUGGUGUUUGGAGCUGCUUCUGCCAGUGUUGCUAAUCAUCAAAGAUGUCAGUGGCCAGUGGAAUGUAUGGAUACCCAGGGACAUCUCGGCCAUGACCAACUCCUGCGUGGUCAUCCCCUGCACAUUCAUGUACCCGUCCGGUAUCCGGCCACACCGCGGUACCCACGGCAUCUGGUACUUUGGUCAGCCCUACCCCCAGCUCUUCCCACCUGUGGUGAUCAAGACGCGCACAGACAUCGUACAUGAAAGUUACAAAGGGCGUACCAAGCUCAUUGGGGACCUGCAACAAAGGAACUGCACCCUGCUCAUCAGUAAUAUAGGUACAGAGCACUCAGGGAGGUACUACUUCCGUGCCGACCUGGGCGGUGCCAACAUCUACACCUACCCAGAUUUCUCUGAGCUCAAGGUGCUGGACCAGCCCAACAUUGACAUCCCUGAGGAGAUAGUCGCUGACGAGAAUCUGGAGUUGACGUGCUAUGCUCCAGACAAUUGUCCAGAGAAUAGCCCAGAGAUCCAAUGGAUGUACACAGACUACCUGCCUGAACCUGAGUAUACCUCAGACUACGUGGAAGAGAGCAACACAGCCGUGCUGUCCAGCACGCUCAUCUUCACCCCCAGGCCCAUACACAAUGGUCAGCUGCUGGGCUGCAGAGUCUACUACCCCAACACCACCCUGGUCUAUGAGAGACUCAUAUCUCUGGAUGUCAAGUAUGCCCCUCGCUCGGUGAUGGUGAACGUGUCUGUGGAGGUGAUGGAGGGCAGCUCGGUAACACUGCACUGCGAGGUGGACAGUAACCCUCCUCCCAGGAUCUCCUGGCUGUUUGGGGACCAGGAGCUGCUGUGGGACACGGCUUCCAACGCCUCGCUCUCCCUGGAGGACUUAACCCCCUCUCAGGAGGGCAUCUACACUUGCGUGGGGGAUAAUGGCUAUGGCGCCAUGAACACAUCCAUGUACCUGGCUGUCUUGUACCCUCCCAGUGAGCCAGUGGUAAACAGCUCCCUGACCGUUUUGGAAGGUUCCUCCAUCUCCCUGCAAUGUAGCACCCAAGGCAAUCCCGCACCCACCCUCACCUGGCUGAAGGACGGGGAGCUGGUGGGCACCAUCACUGCCGAGGAGGUGUCUGUGCUGGAGCUUCUGGAGCUCACCCCUCAGGGAGACGGACAGUACCGCUGCCUGGCAGAGAACGAACACGGACGAGCCAGCAGCUCCCUAAACAUCACUGUGGAAUACGCCCCUGUCCUUCUGGAAGAGUCCAAGUGCACAGUGGUGAGGGAGGGAGUCCAGUGUGUUUGCAUGGCUACGGGUAACCCUGAGCCCAUCAUCGAGUUCUACCUCCCCGACAAGAACAUCACCAUCAACGACACGGACGGCCGCUACAACUACUACACGCACACGGACGGCCACACGUCCACGGGCAUGAUAAAACUACGGGAGAAGGGCGAGCGCCUGGGCAACGGUGCUGUCAAUGUGCACUGCAGCAUUAGCAACAUAUACGGGUCGGAGAGCUUUCAUCUGGAGUUACAGCAGGAGAAGAAGUACAUGAUGGCAGUGAUUGUUGGCACCAUCGGUGGAGUGGCUGUCAUCGCCUUCAUCAUCGCAGCAGUGAGAUAUGUGGGCCAUAACAACAAGAAAGAGAAUGGCAACCCUGGGCAGGACCUGGUCUCUAAACUGGAGAACCCAGCGUUGUACUACAGCACAGUCAAGAAGGACAAACAAUGUCUGAGGAAGAAAGUGCUUAAGACAGAGCUUCUGGGCUCAAAGUUUAACUCCAUUCUAGAGGAGAGCACGGGAGAAGACGGGGAUUAUCAACCUGUGGGCUCUAUGGCAGACCUGGAGAGGCAAGAGCUGAAUUACGCCGCCCUGCAGUUUCUCGGGGGGCGCUCCAGGGAUGGGGGGGCCUCAGGGAGGGGGGAUGACGGCAGCGACUACACCGAGAUCAAGGCCAAAUGAAUCGCGAUCCUUCCCUGACCCAUCGUCACCGCGGGACACAGUGGCAGCCAUGUUGUCGCCCCCCUCCUCACGUCAUUCGCCCCCUCUUCAAACGUCUUCCCCCCUCCCCCGUAGACUCCACCCCCAACCUUCACCGUCACACCAAGAACUCCCACCGUCUCCGCCCGUCCCUGAAUCAUCUCAAAUGACGUCCCCGUUAGUCGACCCCCAAGCCUCCAAGGGGAACCCCAGUCACAUCUCGCCACCCAGGACUGCUGGUAGCUACUUGCAGGGUCAGAACACGGCCCAGUGGACAAUGUAAAAAGAUCUUUGUAUUAUCAGCAGCUGUCGGUCUCCAGGCUCUUACUCUAUUGUUCAUAGUCAAACAAUUCCCUCACAACAGGUGCAAUGCGUUAGUUACUGUACUGUAUCAUCUAGAUUCAAUGUUGCUAUUUCCAUCUCUACACCAUUAAUUGUUGGCAUUGCUUUUCUGGGGCUCCCCUUCUGUAUGUCACCCUAUAUCAUACUCAUAGCUAGCCUGGUUAAACCAGAUUGAACGCUGAGCUCACCAGUUUUCCUGUGAAACGCAGCGCAAUCAGUUUGGAUACCAGGCUAACUGUCUAGAUCCAUCCGUUAUAGUUCUUCUCCACUGUGUCCGCUGCCAGUCGAAGUGUCAGGGAAAGGGGUGUGUUUUGUGCUUUUUCUUUUCUUAUCUCUAUUUCUGACCCUGGAUCUGGAGGAAAUGAGGGAUCUCUUCUCUCUUCCUGAUCCAGUGGUUGUCAACGCUGACCAGUGUUCAACAAACGUUAGGCCUGAUACACAUCCAAUUGAAGCCUGUCAUCUUCAUCUCACAUAUUCUGUUCCAACAUAUAGUUCAAUAGUGAUGUGUGCUGUGACUCUGUGGCUUUUGAUGAUGAUGAGAAAUGAAUAUUUCUUUGAUUUUAUAUAAAGAGAGAAAAUUGAUACUCUUACAGGUUUGUGGAGCCUCGAACACAAGGUUCUGCUCGUGCAAGAAGUGGCCUGAAUAUUUUUGUUUUUAUGCAUUAUAAGCACUGAUUGCAUUGUGUUUUGCUCUUGUGGAAAUAUGCCGGGGUAACACAGAAUGUUCUAUUUAUUCCGUUGCCCAUGAUUUAAUUACUAGUAUUUUUGGACGAUGUUUUGCUAAGGGUAAGUGUUAACUUAUCCUUAAAUGGGAACCAAUGGAUUAGAAUACAUUUUUGGAUCAAUCUGGCAUACAUGACUCCACUGUAACACUCGCACAGCAGGACAAAAUGUAUCUCGUUGAGACAAUGUGUGUGUGUGUGUAUGUAAACAGUGCUGAAAGAUCAGCGAACACUGAUCACUGUGGGUGUUUCAAAAGAUCACUUUACCUGAGACCGCUUCUCACAAAAUGUCUACUUCAAUGGUUGUGAAGUGUGAAAUCGAUGCCUAAUCCUAUAGGGUUGUAUCAGAGGAGGCAUUUGAGUGGCACAACAUUGAAGUUGUUAUACCAGUUGGUUGUGCUAUUCAAACAUACUUGAUCAACUCAUCUAAUGUAAUCUCCAAGCUCACUAAUGGCAACACUAGAUAACAAUGACUGUUAAUACAAUAUUAAUAAGCUGCAUAUGGAUGGGUAAAAGGAUACCAGUAUACAUUAUGUAAAUAAAUACCCUGCAUGACUAUUAUGCUGUCAGCCAUAUGUGUAGAUACACUACGGUAUGUACAUGCUCACUAUUGCAACAAUGGUUUACACAGGCAAGUCGGAUACAGGUUCGGUAACACUUUAACUGACUUCUCUGUCAUAAGGGUGACAUAACGCUGUCAUAACAUAACACAUGUCAUUUUCGGUCAUGAAAACUGAUGUCAAAAUACUGACAACCCUUUACACUGUCAUGACACAAAUGGGUAUUUAUGUAAAUUAGUUGGCUAGCGGUAUGCUAAGCCAAUAACCUGACUGAAGCAAAGAUUUGUGCCAUGACGGUGUCAAGCUUAUGUCAGCUGUCAUGACUGUUUAAUAACAUAUUUUAUGUCAUUGUUCUGACAUGGUUAAGUCACUAGACCUAAUGGCAGAGCGUUCAAGAUGUGUUGCCCAACAUUGAGACAUGCCAAUAUGGACAUCCGUUUAGUAACACUUACUGUCGUCAGUUCUCUUGAACGCCACAUGGGGGGGUUUAUUUCUUUCUAAACCUGGGAACAAAAUGGAGAAGCGUUGUUCAUGUCUUCUCUAAUUUGUUUGUCACAUAGUGUGUUGUAAAGCAGAUUUGUACUUUCUUUACUUUGUGGUAUUCAUUAUUAUUAUUGUGAUGAUUUUUUUUAAAUAUCUUUGACACAAUAAUUCCGAUCAGAAUUCUGCAAUCCUUCUGCAAAUUAGCACUGUUAUUACUUAAUGACAAUAAGAGCUCUAUGAUGAUGUUUGAUCAUUCUCUUUCUUUUACAAGUCUGUCCCGCCUCAAGCAAAGCCAUCUUUCUUUGGGUCCAAACAACAAAUAAAUCAAGUAAACAACAGAGAA